AUGUUGGCUUUUUUUUUUGUUUUGCUACUUUUAAUGAAUGUGAAUUGGUGUCAGUCGAUGUAUAUUCUUCUACCAACUCAAGUUUCCCGGAAUCUGGAGUUAAGAGAGGAAACAUUUUACCAGGAACCAAUUGAAGCCAUUCAAUUCAUUGACGACCCCGCCAAAUUCUACAACAAUAAUGAUUUUUUCGGCGAAGUAAACAAGUUCGUCAACGGCGUUCAGCAGUUCGUGCAGCAUCCGCCGACUUCACUGUACAGUGCGUUCAACCAACUGCAGAGCAAUGCCAAAAAGAACCACCAGAAACAGAAGCCCGUGAAGAACAAGGUGGUUCUUGACCCCUUCGGAAACAUUUCAUUCACCCUGGGCUGGUCAGCCAACCUGCAGGUGUUCAAUAGCAUCGGUUUCAGCAAAAGUCGCAGUCUGGUCAACUACAAUGCGCGGACUAAGGGUUAA